GAAGCCGUGAUACAUUUUCUUCAGUCCGUUCUUGAAUUCUUCUUUGGCGUGGAUAUAGUGAUAUCGAUUAGCUAAUUCAGAAUAUGAAGCCGAAAACUGGUCAAUAAUGUAUUCCCGUCUCCGCCAUUGUGACAGCAUGUGGUUGUAGUCAUUAAAGCGUUUGUACUGGCGAUACCCCAGUAUUACAAUGACUAAUAAUUAGCAGACGACAGAACAGUAACCUCGCGCAAACUGCUUGUCCGUGUCGCGGAGUGAGCGACAGAUGCCAAAACAAAAGCUCGACGAUGUGUCUGGGUUCACAAUGAGUCUGUGGAUGUCUCGUAUGGUCUGUAAUCUCCAUACAGAAAUUGGGAGAUUUAUGGUUGUCAUGUAGAGAUGCGAUUCAUAAAGGUGUUAGCUGCUGGGCUGAUAGUCCUGGCCCUCGCCUUCCCGCUGGUCAUGUUCUGCUGUUUUAAUUCCAACCUACGUUUUAAUAAUACACUCACAGUUUCUGUUGCACCCUCAGUUAAGAAUCACAGCACAGUUCCUACAGGGCGUAAAUACGUCAUAUAUCUGUGUGACGGAACUUUCCCAUGUGGAGGCUGGGCGGACAGACAGAAAGGAGUCAUCGCAGCAUUCGUUUUGGCGCAGGCGUUGGGAAGAAUAUUUAAAAUACAGAUAACGAAGCCCUGUGCAUUGUCUGAUCAUUUGUCGCCAAAAUCUAUCGACUGGAGAAUAAAGCCUGGUGAACUGAAUGGAUUGUCAAAAACCUUCAUCAAAAUAAUUGACAACAAAGCUGAUGGUUUGAGAAAGCAGAUGGUGACGAUGGAUUUAGAAGCUACGUACCCUCAAGAUAUCUUAUACUUCACUAGCAAUAUGGAGUUUUCACAGUAUUUAUUACAAAAUGAAAAAUAUAAGGAGAGGACACGAUGGAUGAAAAAAUACAACUUACGAGAGUUGUAUGUUCAUCUGCUGGAACAGAUUUUCCAGUUUGUUCCAGAUUUGGAAAACAAGUUCAGAAAUUUUACUUCAGCCAUUCCUAGAAGCAAGGGCUCAAAGUUGUUUUGUCUUCAGGUAAGACUCGGGAGGAACCCCACAGUUCCAAGUGACACAGAAUCCUUCAACACACUGAAGAGCGUUGAUGCCGCUUGGGAUUUCAUCAGAGGAUUAGGAGAUCUAAAUAAACAUAAACUAUUCGUGACGUCAGACUCGGAACAAGUCCGCGAGAAUUCCAAAAAGUUAUUUCCGUCUAACAUCGUGGACACAAAAGGCAGAAUACUUCAUGUGGAACGAUACGGUAAACCCGAAGGUCUUUGCGAGGGAGUUGCCAAGGUUCUCCUAGAUCAGAGAAUUUUGUCCACGUGUGAUGUGCUGGUUAUUAGUCGAAGUGGGUUCGCUAUGAUUGGUGCUUGGAUGAGAACAAAAUUGGAUGACCUUUACUGCUUUUCCAAAGGUAAAGUUAAGCAGUGCCACCCCGAUAAACUUGGAUAUCUUAUUGAGGCAUGGUGACAGAAGUGGGAUAUUGUUGAUGCAAUAAGCUUCAACAAAUCCUUGAAUGGAUCCACCAAAUUAUUUUAAAUGAUUAUUGUCAGUCAGAAAUCCAAGUGAUCGUGAGCUGAUGAUUGAAUGUAUGAAUCUUAGUUAGAUAUAAUUUUCAUCGUCAUCGUCAUCACCAUCGCCAUUUCAAGGUUGUGGAUAGGAUAUUGAAAACGACAUGAUAAUUAAAACGAUCUAUUGAUGUUGCUCAUCACUUUAGUUUUAUAUUUACCAUAGUUUAACACCCAAUAGCCGAUGUAUUUUUCAUGUUAGGGUGUCGUUCAUUUAUUCAUUCAUUCAUUCAUUCAUUCAUU